UCUUCUGUAUGUAUUUCUCAUCUCUCUCACUCACCACACAAACCAAUCCCUCUUUCAAUCAUUUCACACAUACACACAGUAAUAUGUUUCUGAGAGCCUCUGCUCCGAUAUUUUCGCCUGCGGGCGAGACUGCGAAGACGCAAAUCGGCGGCGUGGUUGCGCCGGCGAAGGUCGGGACCGGCGUCGUGUGCGCGGCGGCGAAGAACGCGAACCACCGCCCGCUGACCGGCGUCGUGUUCGAGCCGUUUGAGGAGGUGAAGAAGGAGUUGAUGCUCGUGCCGUCGGUGCCGCAGGACUCGAUUGCGCGACACAAGUAUUCAGAUGAUUGCGAGUCUGUUAUCAACGAACAGAUCAAUGUUGAAUACAAUGUUUCAUAUGUCUAUCAUGCCAUGUAUGCUUACUUCGACCGGGAUAAUGUUGCUCUCAAGGGAUUGGCCAAAUUUUUCAAGGACUCGAGUGAAGAAGAAAGAGAGCAUGCGGAAAAAUUCAUGGAGUAUCAGAACAAACGAGGCGGAAAAGUGAAAUUGCAGUCUAUUAUAAUGCCAAUAUCUGAGUUUGAUAAUGCUGAAAAGGGGGAUGCUCUAUAUGCGAUGGAGCUUGCAUUGUCUUUGGAGAAAUUGACGAAUGAAAAACUUCUGCACUUGCACGAGGUAGCAAGUCGGAACAAUGACGUCCAACUAGCUGAUUUUGUUGAAAGCGAGUUUCUGACCGAGCAGGUGGAAGCAAUCAAGAAAAUGUCUGAAUAUGUUGCUCAGUUGAGAAGAGUAGGCAAAGGACAUGGUGUUUGGCAUUUUGAUCAGAUGCUCCUCGAUGGAGCUGCUGCUUGAUCCCAGCUUGAUCUAGAACUUGUUUGCAGAACUUGUUUCUCUCCCUCGUAUAUUUUACACCAUCGGUGGUGAUUAUGGUUUAAGUAGAAGUUUUUGUAGUGGUUGCAGAACUGGUUUAAAUGAUAGUUUGCAUCAGGUUUUCAACUAGUUGUAGUAAACUUUAUUCAAGCCGUAGUUAGACAUGUUAAGAAUUUUGCUCUUUGGCCUUGAGCCUUUUUAUGCAAUGAAGUAGAGUGAAAGGGAGUCACUUUCGUA